AUGUCGAGAUCAUUCAACGGCUGCACAAGAUGUAAAGCACGGCGCCAAAAAUGUGACGAGCAGAGACCGACAUGCGGCCGCUGCUCGACCGCAGGCGUGCAGUGCAAAUAUGCAAUGCAGCUGCAGUGGGGAGGGCGGGCUUUUUCACGAUCGCGAUUCGGUGCCUGCGUGGGCACCGGCGGCAUGCAAAGACUGGAAUACUCACCUGGAGAAUUUAUCUACACCACAAAAUCCAAGUCCAAAUCGGCCCAGGCCCCAUCAUCAGAUCUCGCUUUAACACCACCCGUCGAUCCCUUCUCGUCCCUAUCGCCUGAUCAGAGAGCGCUGCUCCACCAUUUUAUCAAUGAUGCGUCCCAAAUUACGGCAUGCCACUCCGGUAUGCAGCAGGAUAUCUGCCGCAUGCUCGUGCCCAUGGCAUUACAAACUCCAUCUUUACUCCACGCCACCACUGCACUUUCAGCGAUCCAUCUACAAGCUCUACAUAAUCAGUCCGAGAACGUGAAAACCGCACCCGAUAUAGCCCGGUACAUGGCACUGAGCUUGGAACAUUUCCGCCAGGAAUUACAAGAUCCCUCGGCCAAGGGUUCGGAGGCGCUGGUGGCGACUGCCCGGACACUCUGCCUAGCAGAGAUUCACUCUGGCGCAAUCAACCCAAACUCAUGGAGAGCGCACGUUGAAGGCGCAAGAGCCUUGAUGAAGACCACAGAUCGAAGCGGGGGAGAGAACUCACUUGCAUCAGCGCACGGGUUCCGCCGGUACUUGGAUCGCUGGUAUUGGUCGAUUGUAUCACUGACAGCGUUGACGGGCAAUGGCCCGCCCAUUGGCGACAAUUCAGACUUUGCCCCCUUUGACAUGUCCAGGCAACAUGAAUCCCCAGACUAUCUAGACGACUACUGGGGAUUCACGGUCGAUCUAGCAGCAGUCUUCCGCCAGAUCGGCGCAGCCGCCUGGCGCAAUCUAGAAGCGGAGAAGCGAGCGCAGGGUUUCGUUGAAGGGGAGAUCGACAGCAAUGUCGAGGACGACGCUGAAUUGCUCGAGAUGUCGGUCCGACAGCUCAUGGACCGGGGCGCUACCUCACCACCUUCGCUUUAUCCUGAUGUGGCGGAGGGCUUGACGGCGGAGAGUAUACAGCAACUUGCGCUCUGUAACGAAGCAUUCCAGCAUAGUGCUCUUAUCCAGAUCCAUCGACGGCUUCGCAAAACACCAACCACUUCGGCCUAUGUACAGCAGUCUGUUCAGCGGAUUUUGGAGUGCACGGCUCAGAUUGGUCCGUCUUCUGGUCUUAGUCCGUGGGUGAUGCUCACGACUCCUAUAUUUAUUGCGGGCUGUGAAGCUCGAGGUGAAGAUCGCGAUACGGUACGGCGGUUAUUGACAUCUUUGCAUGAUACCGUGCGCAUUCCGAAUGUGCUGCAGUCUUUGAAGUUCCUCGAGCAGUACUGGGCAAAUCAGCUCAGCGAGGAUGAGGAUUGGAGUCAUUUUCUUGAUCGUAUGAACUUCGAUUUCAUUCCCUAUUAG